AUGGCUUACACACAAUCUACAAGCGAAGACCUUCAAUCAGCAAUAAUGAAGUUCGUAUGCCAACAGCCUUACAUGUUAGAUGUUCACAAGGAAAUAAGGCCAGAACAAUUUCACCAAACUUUAAAAUCCUUUGUGGAUGAGUGGCAUCUUGAAAUCCCUAAGCUCGUCAUAUCUGUCACUGGUGCAGAUAAAAGCUUUCAGAUAGAGCCAAACCUGAGAAAGGCUUUUAAGAGAGGACUCAUCCAGCUGGCCAGGGCAACUGUGCCAUGGAUAAUCAGUGGAGGACGUGAUGACGGUAUCACGAAGGUAGUUGGUGAAGCGGUCCGAGAUUUCAAUUUGACGGCAAAUACUAAAACAGCAAAGCAAUCCUCCAAAGUCGCCAUUGGAAUAGCCUCAUACAGAAAAGACGAACAUUUACCAAUUCAAAAGAAAAAAACCCUGAAUGCUAACCAUACCCACUUUUUGUUAGUGGAAGACGGUUCUCAACAUCAGUUCGGAAAAGAAAGCGCUUACCGAGCAGAAAUGGAACAUGCGAUCUCUACUUUCAAUAUGGAUUCGGGAAAAGAGGCUUGGUUUGUACCUGUCGUUUUACUUGUUGUGGGGGGAGGACCAAACACUAUGAAAACCGUGCUGAAUGCUGUUCUGAAGAAGACACCAGUUGUUAUUUUCAAGGGUUCAGGAAAUGUAUAUGAACAUGCAAUGGACAAAUAUGUUCACCAGUCUACGGAAUCAACAAACGACAGUCUUGGGUUGGAUUUGAAGACGACUGUGCGGUCAAAGAUACAGAACUUUAAGGCUGAGAUCGGAGCGUGGAGCGAUAAAGAAAUCGAUUAUGUAUGCGUCAUCGUUGAGAAGAGUUUCAAGGAGGGAAAUUUGAUCACGGUGUUUGAUAUAACUGCCUCACCGGAAAAGUUACAGGUCAUUGACACAGCCGUACUAAAAGCACUGAUUCCAGUCAUGAAAGAUAAGCCCUUGAGUCAAUUACAACUUGCACUGAAUUUGAACAAAAUUGAAAGUGUGAAAAGUGAGAUUAUGCGCCACAUGGAUGUAGAAACACUAAAGAAAGGUCUCUACGUCAGUAACAUUAUAAAGACGGCUAUUAUGCAAGAUAGAGCUGAAUGCAUCGAGGUCUUCCUUGAACAUGAGAUUGAUGUCGAAACUCUCUUGAUGGAAUGGAUUGAGAAAAACCAAGAACAUCCAUAUCAUGAUUUUUACACUAAGGGUGUUGUAGCAUGGCUGUGUAGUUUACCAAGAAAGGAAGAGAUUAUUAGCGAAGUUGACUGGCAAGAGAAAGUCGAGGAUUUUAUCACGUAUGCCGUCGGAUCAAGUCCCUCUUCUGAAAUUAAAAAGCGACAUUUCUUUUUAUGGUGUGUUCUCACUAAAAAACAACAAAUGGCGAAGCUAUUGUGGAAAUUUGGGAAGGACCACGUCGCUUGGGCACUGGUUGCAUAUGGAGUGUUGAAGGCGAUGUCUAAACUAACUAAAGAUGAAGAGGAGAAGAAUAUGUUCAAACAAAAUUCAGAUGAAUUCUGUCGACUUGCUCAGCAUAUCCUGAAUGAAUGUAAAAGGCGAAAUGACAAGAAAUGCAUCGAUCUGUUGACACAAAAUAUAAAGGGAUGGGAAGAGACCACAUGCAUGGAAAUUGCUUUAAAGACGAAUAAUAAAACAAUUGUUUCAAGUGCCGCAUUCCUGUCAUUGAUGGAUUCGAUGUGGCAGGGGAAAUUGUCUUCCCAGAGCGGAUCUGUAUGCAAAUCUUUAUGCAAAUCGGUAUCACAAAUGGUAUUCCUGAUAUUGCUCGGCUACUCACUUCUGUUCAGCUAUGACCAUGUUGCAGGCUCAUUUGUGGAGUGGCUGCUAGUAGCAUGGAUGAUUGAAAUGAUAGGAGAGAAUUCAAUUCAGUUGUUGGAGAUUUUGCCUUCAUACGGUGUUCGCCUCGGUUACAUUGAAAUUCCGAAAACACUAUUUUACAUCAUUGGUAUGAUGCUACGUCAUAGUGAUGGACAUCACGCAAGUAUGGAAGUUGGGCGGUUAUUUUUAGCAGUGGUGUUCAUCAUUUUCUGUAUUCAGCUACUAUAUUGGUUCUCCAUAUCUGAAUCUAUUGGUCCUAAAGUAGCCAUGAUAGAAGAAAUGACUGGAGACCUAAUAUCCUUCAUGAUGAUCUUACUGGUGUUUAUAGUGUCUUAUGCCAUCGCUGCCCAAUCAAUCCUAUACCCAGUCUCCAAUUUUGAUGGGGACUUUCUCGUUCAACUGUUUCGUAUUCCAUACUGGAACCUUUACGGGGAACUUUUUCUGGACGAGAUAGAAAUGACAGAGCCCGAAUGUCGUUCAGGCCCCCAGACGAAUGAGACCGAUACUCGUCCCAUCUGUCCAUCAGAAGUCGGAAGAUAUUCCGUUCCAAUAAUCAUGAGCUUAUACAUGAUAAUUGCAAAUAUUUUGCUGAUCAAUCUUCUGAUUGCUAUAUUCAGCAACACUUACACGAAAAUACAAGAGAACACAGGUCUGUACGCGAAAUUCCAGAAAUUUAUCAUAAUCUACAACCAAACGUGUCGUCCAGUAUGUCCUCCUCCUCUAAGUUUCUUCUUCUAUGUUCAUGCAAUUGCAAUGAACUAUCACUACUCAGAGGAAAAGGAUUAUCAAAACCUGCUUUCCCGCCCAGUUUUUAUAAGGGAAAAAACGGCUGAAUUAACCCAGUGGGAAAAGAUCAUUGCUGAAGAAUGCCUCUACUCAAACUCUAAAUCAGCGGCUGACAACGAGAGUGAAAACAGAAAAGAAAAUAUUUGA